AGCAAUCGACAUUGAAUGUCUCCUUGAUAUACCCGCUCUCUUUGUGCACAAUUGAGUAGAGGCGGUAAUAUGGUUCUUUUGGAUGGCUAUUGUGGGAAUUGCCUAUAUCACUCAGACAAUUAUAGUGUUUAAGUUGAUUGAUGUUUAACAUAUUUGAAAGUAAUAAAGAUAAUACAACUGAAGAUGGAAGGCUAUUGUAUAUCAUUUUCAGCCUACUUUAUAUUUUUGGAGGAGCGGUUCCUUAUAUUCCACAAUAUUUAAAAAUUCGCAAAACACAAUCUAUUAAAGGUUUUUCCUCAUUUGUUUGUCUUAUACUUUUAAUAUCGAAUGUUCUAAGAAUAUUGUUUUGGUUUGUACAGCCAUUUUCAACCGCCUUAGUUUUUCAAAGUUUCAUUAUGAUUGCUACUAUGCUUAUUCUACUGAGAGCUAUUACUCAGUUGUCUAGCAUAAAGCGUUCUCCGUCUAUGCCAUGUACAACCAGUAUUAGGAAAGUAGAGACAGAGACUUGGAAUAUCAAUCAGUUCCAAGAUAUCUGGCUUCGUAAUUUUUGGAAAUGGACACAUUUCUCUAACUAUUUAUUAUUCCUAUGUUUAUUUACACUGAUUUCCGGUCUGUGCACUUACUUAUUGUCAUCGAGUCAAAUUUAUAUUCAAUUAUUGGGCUUUACUGCCUUGUUCAUCGAAUCUAUGUUGGGUUUACCACAAUUUACGAAGAAUUAUUAUAAUAAAUCGAUUGUUGGAAUGAGUAUUUCAAUGGUGUUAAUGUGGACUUCAGGUGAUAUAUUCAAAACAAUUUACUUUAUAUUAGAAAAUGCCCCAUUACAGUUUCUAAUGUGUGGUUUACUACAGAUUGGAUUAGAUUUAGCCAUUCUUCUACAAUGUUUAUUUUAUAGAGGUGAAGAAUUUACGUGAUAUGAAUGUUACAAUUGAUUAAGUCAAUAUGGACAGCGAAGACAGUGGUGUCAGUUUGUAUGUGAUUGUGGAUAGUAAAGUUUCUUUUCUUGUUUAUCUGAAAUAUUUAUCAUUUUGUACUUCGGUUGUAGAGAGAUCUUUUCUAUUCCCAUCGAUUUCACCUACUAAUUCUCUUUUUAUUUUGAGAUAUCAUCUAGGUGACAUUGUAUAUUUGUCCAAUUUUUGUGAUUGUUCACUUUUGUAUUUUCUCUGCAAUUCUUAUGUAUUUCAGCUCAAAGUAAACUUGGAGCGAUUACUAUAACCCUCUGAUUAUGUCAUUUUUGUCAGAUUGUUCGGUCUACUAUAUGUGAUAAUGAAGAGUUUAUAAACAGUUAAUAAAUUUAUCGCUUUAGGAUUGACAUCCUUCUGUUUCACUGAUUAACUUAGCUCUUCUGUAGUAUACACAUUGAACAGCUGUUUAUUGACAAAGAUCAUCCAUUAAAGUCG